CCAAUGAUCCCCAUCAAAUUGGGGUAAGUACAAGGUGAUCAGUAUUAUGGGACGUUUACUAAAUUUUCAUAGAUAUGCGCUUCCUGCAAUUAUGGGUUUCGACUUAGCCGGUAUUGUAUUUAAGUGGAGAAUGUUCGACCAUUUUGCACAUUUGGCUGGUGCAAGUUUAGGCAUGGGAUAUAUAUAUUACGGAGAGCAACAUGUUUGGGAGCCGUUGAUUCGUAAGAUACAUGCGAUCCGAGAAAAUAGUAGGGGCAAUAAUGGGAAAGGAGAUGGCGGCAAUUUCAUGUGGACUGAACCUCGACAAUUGAAAUCAGAGCAAUCCAGCAAAUGGACAGGAUGGUUUAACAAAUAGAUGUAUCAAAUAAAUAAAUAAUUUCUUAGACAGAUUUUUUUUUUCUUUUUCGUUUUCAAUUAAGUAAUAAAUAUAAAAAAAAUAUCGAUUGCAUUUUAGUACCGGUGCUCCCUGGUAAUCACGUAUUCGAAUAAAUUCAAAAGUGGGAGCCACAGUGUGGAUAGCAAACAUGAGAUGUCUUUGAAGGUGUUGUUGUGAAGCGUGCAAUUGGGCCGACAGAGCCAGUUCCACACACGCCCUAAGCAUUAAAAC